AUGACUGCCAGUAGAACAAGACCACAGUCGCGGUCACGUGCUCGCCGAAGCCUUACGUUACCUAACCCACCGCAACAAAGAGCGCAGCAGCGGUUGAAUGACCUGCGUCUACGCCUGCAACAACAACAGCAGGUUAUUCAACGGCAACAACAACAACUACAGCAACGACAACAACUACAGCAACGACAACAACUACAGCAGCAACGGCGACAGCAACACCGGCAACGACAGCAACAACGGCAACGACAGCAACCACGCCAACCAUUGGUUAUACAACCCCCGAUUACCAUUGCGGAACCGGUGCCAACACCAGCCUCAACCCAGGGGCUGGUCAAUCAAAUUGUUUCGGUCCUCAGCCAGCUGACCGGGUCAACGGUUGCACCAGUGCAAGGGGGCCGGCAUGUCGAAGUCCGGUCAGGCCACCUCGAAGACGAUUUGAUCGAUCUUCAUGAUGAGCUUAUCGACUUCGAUGACGGCCUUAUCGACCUCGACUGA